AUGUAUCCCCAACACUUCAACCCGUGGCAGACGGCACACUACCACGCUCAUCACCCUGGCCCAAUGGUGUCCACGAGAAGAACUCCGCGAGACAUCGCACAACCCGCGCCGACGAAUCCCCCAAGCGAAGGCCACCUCACGCCAAACCCUCUCAACACCCCACCCGCCCAGGAAAUCGACCCGCGCUUCACCGGCCUCCUCCCCAUGAUCUACGGCGCUGACCUCACAAUCUCCCACCUCUCCCAAGACGCCGACACCUUCACGCCCUUCUACCGCGGCCGCAACAGCCGUGUCCGCGCCGACAACGAUCCCACUCUCGACCCCGUGCAAGGCUUCAUCCACCCCGACGACCCGAUCUACAAGUACGGCGGACCGGUCUACCGCGUGCAGCAUCCCACGUUCGGACUAAUGGAUACGAUGGUAUGCAACACGGACGUGUGUGCGGUGUGUAAUUUCCAGCUGCCUAUCGCCUUCGCCGUGCCAGGCCCUGAGGAGAGUCCCACGCAAGGACUCCCGUUCGUGCAUACGCUGAGGGACUGUCGCGAGGUGGAGGAGGAUGGGGCGUUGCAGUUCUGGCAGACGGCGAGGCAUGCUUUGUUUGUGGAGGAGUAUCCGGCGAGUAUGGAGAGGGCGAGGGUGAGGUUUGUGAAUGUGGGCAUGUUGGCGACGAGGGAGGCGAUGUGCUGUGUGCCGGAGGAAUGUGGGGAGUGUAAGGGGUUGGUUGGGAUGGAGAGGUUGGAGAGUCAGGAUGGGAGUCUUGUGGUGUGGAAGAAGAAGGAGGGUGAUGGUGGCGGCGAGAAGGAGAGAGCUGGGGAGAAGGAUGGCGACGGCGGGAAGAAGAGAGCGGGCUCAAUGGGCCCUCCUCCAAAACCUCAGCCGAAGUAG